AUGCUUGCCGUGAUCGCUGCUGACCUGGACUAUCGGAAGAAUUGGGAUGCAUCGCUCGUUUCCCGAUUUGGCUCACGCAUUGUGGACAUGCCGGUGGAGGUUCAUCCGAAUGCAAGUGCCAUCACCUUGCGAGGCGGAACUACUGCUGGCAAGCAGGACGUGGGCGUGGCCACCGCCUUGGACAUGAUGUGGGGACUAGACGGAGAGCAACCUGUGGUUGGAUUGAUUGGCGCGACCUACUCGUCAGUCACAAUGCCCAUUGCUACUGUGGCAGCUGUGCAGACAGUCCCGCAGAUUUCUUUCUCUGCCACCAGCCCAGCUUUGUCGAACAAGGAUGCAUACCCGUUCUUCCUUCGAACUGCACCACCGGACAGCAUCCAGGCGCGAGCCUUUUGGAGCUGGAUUUUACACUUCGAUGUCGCAUUGGUGUCUUGCGUGUACACCGUCGAGGGGUAUGGCCAAGGCCUCUAUGACACUCUCAAAGAUCUUGCACGAAGGAGUGGUCAACAAGAGCGUGUCCAGGGCCAAGCCCUCCGUUACAUGCCACAAGAGUUUGACAAAGAGGAGGCUCGUGACGCCGCGACUUCAGCACGGCAGAUCGGCUCUCGCUUCCUCAUGUUGUUCUUGACCUGGGACAUGGUCGACGACUUCCUGUCCGUUCUUGACGAGGAGGGAAUGCUCAGCCCAGAGUGGCACAUCAUACGAUCAGACACUUGCGCCGAUUUAAUGAUUGUCCGGCGAGGGCCGACAGGCUUCAUGGUGUUCAGAGCGAGUGGCAAAGGUGCCUUGUUUCCGGAAUUCGAGAGGCUAUGGUCUGUACUGGAAGCAGCGGACGGGAUAGAGGUAGAGUUGAGGCAGCGGUACAAGCUGGACAACAUGAGGGAACCACUAGCAAAUGGUGCAAUCGAGGACAUCAACAGAGGACUCCUGGGGCUAAAUGCAUACUUUGGCUUCGCUUUCGAUGCUUUCUAUGCGUUUGCCAUUGCCAUCAACCAGCUUCUUCAUGCAGGGAUUGCAAUCAGUGCGGUUCAGGGCCGCUUGCUCCUAGAUGAGUUGCGCCGGGUCCGUUUCACGGGUGUCUCUGGAGAAGUGACGUUCGAUGAGAAUGGCGAUCGGCUCGUGGCGUAUGAGCUCCUGAACAUGCAAGCCGAUGGUGAAGCUGUCGUCGCCGCCUUCUUCAACCCUUCCAGCUCAGACUUCUCGUUUCAGAGGGACUUGGUGUGGAUGGAUGGUUCGCGACGAAGCAAUCCCCCACCUCACUUGUACUCAUGUGAUCCAGGAUUUUACAAGGACGAACUCUCGGGGCAGUGCCGAUUGUGUCAACGUGGCAAGAUGUGCCUGGGAGGGCCUGUCGCUCAAGCUGUGUCAUGCCCCAGGGGAUCCUUUGCAAAUGGCACGGGCACGACAAAUUGCAGCCUUUGUUCUGGAGGCAGCUUUGCAAGCGAUAUCGGUUCUGUAGAGUGCACUCCUUGCCUACCGGGUUUUGAGGCCCCCGUCCCAGGCAUGCAGGCCUGCAGCCGCUGCGCCGCAGGAAGCUAUAUGCCUUUCGUAGAGGGCAUUCAAUGCCUGCCAUGCGGCAAGAAUCAAAUCACUCGGGAGAGCGGUGCCACGUCAGAGACGGAAUGUCUUUGCCCGGAGGGCUCCUUCAUGUGUGGGGAAGCUGGCUGUCUUCCAUGUCCUGAGGGGCUUCACUGCCCCGAGGGUCUUGCACUCCCACAGCAGCAGAGCGGUUUCUGGGCCAUGGAGCUUUCCAAUGGCUCUGACUCCUGCCAGUUCUCUGUUCUCCGCUGCCGGGAUCGCUUCGAGUGCCCCCAAGGAGCCGUUGGUGAGUGUGCCUUUGGCCGCGAGGGGCCAGCCUGCAACAAUUGCAAGGAACGCCACUUCCCCGAAGGUGGCACGUGUCAGCCGUGCAACGGUUCCGACAUCAUGCCGGGGAUUCUCGUACUCAUGCUAGUCCUCGUCAUUUUGUAUCUGCUGAGCAUCUCCACCGUGGACCCAAGCCGUGUUCGUUUGAGCGCACUCACGGCGGCCUCGAUCACCAGCCAGCUCAUCAUGGCAAUUCAAGCCCUGACCUCGAUCCAGGAAUUGUCAAUCCAGUGGAAAGAGCCUGUGAAGACGCUGCUGAACCUGGCCAAAGUCAUGACCUUCGACUUGCACGUCAUCCGCAUAACUUGCCUCUAUGGAAGUGACAGCCCUACCUUGCAUUUCGUCAGCCAGAUGCUGGCAUGCCCACUGGCAUGCAUUCUGCUGCUACUUAGUUGGCUGCUUUCAAGGCUGCUUGGACGGCCGAAGCCAGUCAACAGCUUAGUGCACAACUGUGGGGUGUUGAUUUUCGCCUUUUUCUUGUCGAUCACGCGAAGUACUCUUAUUCCAUUUCAAUGCAUAUCCAGCCCCAACGGAAGCACUUCCAUGGUAACGCAUCCUGGCAUCAUGUGCUACGAGUCAACCGAGCACGUGGCCCUCGUCGCCCUUGCUGUGGGAGGCAUCCUGACGCAGCCCGCGGCGUUCCUGGGAUGGGCAACAUUUACCACUCUGACCUACCCCUCCCACGUGGGCAGCGGCAAAGGCCUUCGCUUCACAAACAGGUACCGUUUCCUUUUUCAGCGCUUCAAGCCGGAGAAGUACUACUACGGCUUGGUGCUGCUGUAUCGCAGUGCCAUCGUAGCUCUUCUGCCGAUCGUCUUGGCUGGGUUGCCAGAACUUCAGGUGCCACUCAUGGGUGCAGUUCUUCUUGUCGUUAACAAUGUCCAAGCUUACACAUGCCCAUGGCGUACUGCAAGUGCAAAUCUCGUUGACCUUAUUCUGACGACAUUUCUAAUUUUGGUUCUGCUGGGGGCUGCACCUCUCUUGCUGCUGGACAUGGAGGAGUCAACGGCAGUGUUGGGAUGGCUUCUUUGCAUGCCAGUCGUGGGAAUCUUGGUGGUGGCGGUCGUCGGCCUUGCACGUGCGGCCAUCAACGAUUUCCGGCGAAGGCAGCAACUCUUUGGGGUCUUCCUUUGCCACCACAAGGGCGGUUCAGGCAGCUUGUGCCGGCUGAUGAAGAUCCUUAUUGCACAGCAAACUUCCGCUCGUGUUUUUCUGCAUUGUGAUUACCUCGAGAACCUGGAUUUUCUCUUCGACAUUGUCCGGACCUCCACUAGGAGUGUUGUAGUCGUGCUUACACCAGAGUUGCUGAAAAGAGUGUGGUGCGCUGGCGAAAUUACGACUGCCUGGAAGAACGGGAUCACAACCGUCCCGGUGAUUUGUGAUGGCUUCCGGCCCCUGUCAGAGAAGGAGGUGGAAGUGAUCCCAACUCUGUGGACACCACAGCAAAGGCAAACCCUGGUCAACUUUGGAGUGGUGAUUGACGACAUGCAUUUGGCCUAUGCUUGGCUUCAGCAUGAGCUUACUCCAGUGGACAUGCCGCGAUUUGGUCCGGUUUCCGGGCGCGAGGCAGCUGUUCUGGAGAUACUUCGGGUGUGUGGCCUCAAGCCGUGGCGGAUGCACAGCAUUGACGGCCUUGUCUCCUCACCCUGCAGUCCAGCAAGGGCGAGGAUUCUUAUCACGAGCUCUGUUGCAGAUGCCGAGUCUUUGUCCGCCUGCGAGGUCUUCAAGGAGCUGCUGCAAGCUCACAUGCAGAUUGAGUGUGCCGUGGUGCAUGAUGCGCUCCAGAUGACGAGCUACCGUCCAUGGGCCUACUAUCUCGUUGUCUUGCUUUUCCGGGGCCUCUUUCGCGAUCAAGGUUUCGCACAGACGCUUCUGCCCGCCUGUGCUCCCGGUGGGCGGAACUUGGAGCUUGUGACCGUUAUCGCCGACUCGCAUUUUGACUUUCCACGCAUUGACAGCCUAGAGCCAGAGAUCCAGAGCCACAGCGUCGCCUCUGGAGCCUAUGGCCUCCGUGAUCCAGGCAAGCUGCUGCUCGACAUUUUCCAGGAGUUGCUCAAUGUGUUGGCCUUGCCAUUCUCCCCACUGGGGUCAGAAGGUUUGCAGCAGCAGCAAGUGGUGGAGAUCGCCAAGCGCCUGAAAAGGUACAAGGACCCCGCAGCUGCUACUGCCCAGGAUGAAGAGGGCGAUUUCUUGGUCCAGAGCAUGGGAACAUUGGAUGCUGCCGACGUAGAUUCCACUUCGAGUGGAAACGCUGCGCAGGUCCGGAGCUCCGCGGCAGAUGCUGACGAAGUUGUAUAUUGCAAGGUAACUUUCUAA